UGCCGUCCGCUUCUUUCUUUGGUUUCCCAGUCGGGAGAGGAUCCUCUCCGUGCACUGUUUUUACCUGAGCUAUCUAAGUUUUGAAGGAGAUUAAGACACAUGGCAAGCCCCACCGUCGAGUUUUGAACGAAACCAAGAUCAGCUAUUAGCUUCCGCUGCAGAAAUUCCCACCGGGUUUUUUUUUUUUUUUUUCUCCUCCGCCGAACAGCCCAAACUGCAGGUCCUCGAUUUCCUCCUUGAGUCCUUGGAGCACUCCCGACUGCUCCAGCAACCCGUCUCGGCGUCUCCGCCUCCACCCUCCAGAUUCAUGAUAAGCAGUGAGGUUUAAGCUGAUAAGCAAAGUUUCCUAUCAGGGAAGGAAAAGAAGGGAGAUAGAAGAGAGAAAGGGAAGAUAACACAAGCGAGAAAGGAUAGGUAAGGUAGUAUUAGAAAGUGGCUGACUACGUUCAUCAUCGUGACUCAAAAGAUACAUUCCAUAGAUCAGAACAUAGUCACAAUAUCUGAGAUCUAUAUAUGGUCUUGAAGAUGUCCAUCGCAGAGCCAUUAAAGAAAUUAGUUUCAUGUGUUAUCCUUGAUUUGGAUGGUACUCUACUACACACAGAUGGCAUAAUAAGUGAUGUUUUAAGAGUAUAUUUGGGGAAGUAUGGAAAGAAAUGGGAUGGGAGGGAAGUUCAAAAGAUAGUUGGAAAAACACCAUUCGAAGCUGCAUCUGCUAUUGUGGAGGAUUAUGGGCUAUCUUGCACAACGAGUGAAUUAAUCUCAGAGCUAAACCCAAUGUUCUCCAAUCAGUGGUGCAACAUCAAAGCGCUUCCAGGUGCCAAUCGGCUAAUUAAACAUUUGAGUGGUCACAGAGUGCCAAUAGCAUUGGCUUCAAACUCUCCAAGGGAAAACAUAGAAACCAAAAUUUCUUUUCAUCAGGGUUGGAAAGAAUCCUUCUUAGUCAUCAUUGGAGGUGACGAAGUAAGAUCAGGAAAGCCAUCUCCUGAAAUAUUCCUUGAAGCUGCUAAAAGAUUAAAUAUUGAACCGUCCAGCUGCCUUGUCAUUGAAGAUUCUCUGCCAGGUGUGACAGCCGGUAAGGCUGCUGGAAUGGGGGUAGUUGUUGUACCCUCUCUGCCAAAGCAAUCCCAUCUCUAUACUUCAGCAGAUGAGGUGAUCAACUCUCUACUUGAUUUGCAUCCUGAAAAGUGGGGCCUACCUCCUUUCAAAGAUUGGAUAAAAGACACUUUACCAAUAGAACCUUGGCAAAUUGGUGGUCCUGUCAUUAAGGGAUUUGGUCGGGGCUCAAAAGUACUUGGGAUCCCUACAGCUAAUCUAUCCACCGAGCGAUAUUCAACUCUCCUUUCAGAACAUCCCUCGGGAGUAUAUUUCGGUUGGGCUGGAUUACGAACGCGAGGUGUCUUUAAAAUGGUCAUGAGUAUUGGUUGGAAUCCUUAUUUCAACAACACUGAAAAGACUAUAGAGCCAUGGCUGCUUCAUGACUUUGGUGAGGACUUCUAUGGGGAGGAAUUGCAUCUUAUCAUAGUUGGCUACAUACGGCCUGAGGCCAAUUUCCCAUCUCUCGAGAGCUUGAUCGAAAAGAUCCAUGAGGACAGGAAAAUUGCAGAGGAAGCUCUUGAUCUUCCAAUGUACUCAAAAUUCAAGGAUGACCCAUACCUUAAAAGCCCAACAUAAUGGUGCCCCUGAAAUUUCCCAAAUUCUACUUCAUUGGCUCAUUGCUAAUGGAGUUUGAAGAUGUUGUACACGCAUUAUUGAGACAGUAGCACUCUUUCAUGUCAUUUCCUGAAACAUAAUGGUGUGCAUUACAAAUGCCAUGUAGCACAAACUCGUUUUAUUGUAUUGUAAAUUGCCACUCGCUUCAUGAACAUGAAGUUACUACAAUGAUGAUUGCCGUAUAAGUUGCUGUAUCUUCCAUUUAUUCACAGAACAUGAAGUUACAUACUCA